CCCAUCCGGCUAGCGUGACCCCGGCGAUCGGCAGUCGCGUCCUCAGGCCUAUCUUUUCCUCUCUCUCUCUCUCUCUCUUAUCGCCUCUUUUCUCUUCUUCUCUCCUCUCUCCCUUACCCACUAUUCCUCCCCUCCCCUCCCCCUCCUCCUCCAUUCCACACGUCCUCUCUUCUAGUUUCGACUCUCGUCGUUAAUUCCUGCUUAUCUUGCUCCGUUCGAGCAAGGGCCAUUCGUUUAUUACCCUCUUGAUCCUCACCUCCCUAAUAAUCAUAAUUGACCCCCCUCCCCGCCUCCUUGCGAUACGCCACGGCAUCAACACAAUAAAAGCUUCACCACUCGAAUCGUCCACUCCAUUCGCUUGCCAAUACAUCCGUUCGCUCUCGAGUUAUACGUCCAGGCCAUGCUGAUCGGGAUCAACGCGUGAUCUGCCGCGAAUAUCAACCGUCAACCCAAUGGGCAAAUGGAACUAUGGUGUCGUCCUGGACGCAGGCUCGUCUGGGACCCGAGCGCACGUAUAUCGAUGGCUGAACAACUCGACGGCGCGCAAAGCCGCCGAUGACGACGACUUGAGGUCACUCCCGGAGAUCAAGACCAAGUCGUCCUGGACUAUGAAGACGCAUCCCGGGAUAUCAUCCUUUGCCAGCAGACCGGAAGAGGUCGGCCCCGAACACCUCGCCGAGCUUCUCGACCAUGCCCGUCAGAUCGUCCCGCGCGAAUCUCACAAAGAAACCCCGGUCUUCCUACUCGCCACCGCCGGAAUGCGAUUGUUGCCCGAUCGUGAGCGCACCUUGCUCCUCGACCAGAUCUGUUCGUACACCCGCGCCAACUCCGACUUCUGGCUCCCCGACUGCGACGUGCAUAUCCAGGUCAUUCCCGGGGUGACGGAGGGACUGUACGGGUGGGUGGCGUCGAAUUAUCUGCUCGGGGCGUUUGACGCCCCGGAGGCGCACGAGCACGGGAACGGGCACCACACGUACGGCUUCCUCGACAUGGGCGGCGCCUCGGCCCAGAUCGCCUUCGCGCCUAAUGCCACCGAGAGCGCCAAACAUGCCAACGACUUGACCCUGAUGCGGCUACGAAAUGUCGAUGGCUCGUCUCAGGAGCACCGGGUAUUUGUCACCUCCUGGCUCGAGUUUGGCGUGAACGAGGCCCGGCGCCGCUAUAUCGAAGGCCUCCAGGAGGCCAGCGCUGUCGACUCUGUGCGAGAGCUUCCCGAUCCCUGCCUUCCGGCGGGAUUGCGCACCACGAUGGACGGGAAACCCUGGUCUUCCGACUUAUCUGGGACCCACCUCGUGGGCACCGGCCGGUUCGACGAGUGCCUGCGACAGACCUACCCGUUACUCGAUAAGGAUGCGCCGUGCCUGGAUCAUCCGUGUUUGCUGCAUGGCAUCCACGCCCCCGCGAUCGACUUCGACGUGAACCACUUCAUCGGGAUCAGCGAAUACUGGCAUACGACACACGAUGUGUUUGAGAUGGGUCACAAGGACAAAGCCUACGAUUUCAAUACUUACCAGGAACGGGUCCAAGCGUUUUGCUCGCAGGACUGGGCCGCCAUCGAGAGUGGGAUGCAGCGCCACGAGUGGGGCAAGAAGUUGGACCAGGAAAAGGCGCAUCAGAUCUGUUUUAAGGCCUCCUGGGUCAUCAAUGUGCUUCACGACGGCAUUGGCUUCCCCCGCGUGGGGCUGGAGGAUACGAAAGGCUCCCAGCACAACGGCACCGCCGAGCUGCUGUCGCAAACCAAGAGUAAAGGCUACCUCGACCCCUUCCAGCCCGUCAACAAGAUCGAUUCGACCGAGGUCAGUUGGACGCUGGGCAAGAUGGUUCUGUACGCCUCGUCGCAGGUACCCAUCGGUGCGGAAGACUCGCUGCCGGUUGGAUUCGGCAGCAACGUGGCCGGGGUUCCGGCCGACUUCCAAUAUCCGAGCGUGGAACUGAUGCUGACACCGGACACCCACGGCGAGAGCUGGCAUGAUGCCCUGCUCCACGGCCAAUCGUCACGUCGGGUUCCUGGAUUUAUUCUGUUUCUGCUCAUCAUGCUUCUGGCGACAUUUUUCCUGUGCGGUCGCGGCCGACGUCUCCGGAUGUACCACCGAUGCAGCAAUCUCUUCCGUCGCAGCCCGUCGCACCCAAACCACCCCAAAAAGCGGCGGUUCCUCGGAGGCAAACUUCCCUUUUUCAGCGCGCGGCCCCCAUCCUACGAGCGUGUACUGGAAGACGGCCCCCAGGAGUUCGACCUGGGCAGUGGCGGGUCGAGUCCCAGCUCGCCUGACGGCCACAACUCCGACGCGGAAUCAGGCUUCGCCCCGCCGCGGCGGGCCCAGAGCUGGGGCACCAACCACACGCCGAGCUUGAAAUUUGGACUGGACAAUGCAUCGACCGGGACUAUUGGCCUCGGCAUCUCGGCGGGGUCCGGGACCGCCAUGGAUCGUGCCGGUCUGGUGGUGCGGACAGAGAGCCGCGAUCACCUGGCGCCGGUGGCCCUGGGACCGACGAUGAACGGCCGGCGUUCGCGGACUGGCAGUCCCAGUCGAACACAGCAGCAUCGGUCUCCAAGCAUGACGCCGCUGUCCCACGAUUAAUGUCCAUCACGUUUUAUGCAUUUUGGAGUUGGUCUGAGGCCGUUGUCGCCGCUUUAGUCGACGGGUGGUGGCGUUUUUUUUUCCCUUUUGUUUGAUAUAAUAAUGAAGUUCGCACCAGCGAACUAGGAUUAGCUUAAUGAUUUAUGUACCAUAGAAGUCAGCUAGACUGACAUGAUCUUCUUCAUAC